UAUGUUCAUGAAAUGAGAAAGAAGUGUUAGAAGAAAUUCUUUUCCAACUCUACCUCACUCUCCUAAAUCUAAUUGUCUGAGCUGUUAAAUGUUGUAUGGUUUGUCAUUGGCUAGUCUUGGAAGUUCCGCUGUACACCGUUGUUAGUAGACACAAUGUUAAAAGUAUUCAUUUACACAUUGAUAUACAGUCUCGUCCAAAUAGCAUCAUAUCUUGCUUCACUGUUGCAGUAGUAAAGCUGAUUGGGCUCUUGUCGAUUAAGCUACGGUGGCUGUUCUGCUUUUGAUCUUUAGUAUUUAUUCCCUUUCCCUUCCUCUUCACACCACCGUCAAAUAUCAUCAACACAUCUAAUAGCUCACUAUGGAGAACAUUAACAAUGCAAUGGCAGCAACUACUGUCGACACAAAUAAUGAAGGUAAGCAGAAUAUGAUAUCUUUGAUUCAGAUUUUACCUCCUGUUAUUCCCUCUUGGACAAGUCACACUCUAGUCACAUCUCCAGCAUAAUUAUGCCAAGUCCCAGAGUCUGAAAUCCUUUAUUAACAUAAGAUCAGAAUCUCAUAUGGUUGUUUGCAGCGAAAGGAAUAGCAAUGGGGUUAAUUCUCAAUGUGCUCAAUCUAGCCUACAAUUCACUCGCGAUCUGUCCCAUGGUUCUGCCCAGGGCGUGGACACCGCUCCUGGUAAAAAUAUCAGUCACGAUGCCCUGCAGACUCGCGUUGUUACCCCAGGUAAGAUCGAGGAUGCUAUAGGUAUUGGGGCUAAGAUGCGGGCCAAACUUGAAGAGUCGUACGCGGAGAUGAGGCCUUCGGUUGAUCUGUGUGGAUCCAGCCGACCGAGAGAUUAUGUUUUCGUUUUCUUUCCCUUCCUUCCCAAAGAACUGCAACUCAAAAUCUGGAAAGAAGCUGCAAUUCGAAAGGGCACAGAUCUCGAUAUUGUCACUGAAGUAUUAUACCGUCCUGGUACAAAAGCACAACCAAAUCCUCGAUUCAUUCCAAACAAGCAAUAUUCUUCCCUGUUCCACACCUGUCGAGACUCACGUGAAGUGUUGUUCAAACAAUUUUACACUCAUGCUCUUCAGUACGAAAAGGAAGGUCUCCGAGUUCCAUAUGCACCAGUCUACUCUCACUGCGACGAUAUCAUCUAUCUCCAAAUCGACAGUAAUGAAUACUACACCACCGUGGCGCAAGAAGUUCUAAGUCAACAGUCCACUAUCUUCAACGCCGUUAACCAAGGUGUCACAAACCUGGCUCUCAAUUUCGAUAUCUGGUCCUGCUACGGUCUGACCCAUGAAAUCAAAGCCCUCAAGAAGCUCAAGCGCUUGAUUUUCGUGGUUGCCUCUCCGUAUCGUGGCCAUAGGGGAAGAUAUUUGCGUAUGUACGCAGUGAAUAAUUCAGAAUUUAGAUGUUUUUCAAUCAUGGAAAGUCUGAUGCUUUUUAAACUACAGGAAGUCUUUGCGAAUUUGAAGGAGGAUGACCCGAAAUGGGUACGGCCAAUUGUUGAGCUGGUGUACAUGCGAAUUGCAGGGGAGUGAUGGAGGGUUGGCUUUUGAAGAUAUAUGAUAAGUAGCUCAGGAACUUGACGGUGGCAAUGCUCACGACAAAGCAAGUAAGGAGCGCAGGGUGCGGAAACUGGAGUUUACCUGUAGA